CAAACUUUAUAGAUCCCGCGAACCAAGGAAUUGAAACUCGUUACAUACUUUAGCAAGCGACUACCAUCAUGGCUAAUACCACCGUCAAGGGUGCAAUCGCAAUCCAUGGUCAAAACCCUCAGUUUCUAGUCGAGACAGUCAUCCGCAAUCGAAUAUGGGAAUCGAAUUAUUGGAAGGAGCAUUGCUUCGCUUUGACUGCGGAGUCACUUAUUGACCAAGCUAUCGCGCUUAGGUGCAUCGGGGGUGUUUAUGGCAAUCAGCGCCCUACAGAGUUCCUGUGCUUGCUCUUGAAGUUGUUGCAGCUUCAACCGGAAAAGGAGAUAUUGAUAGAAUAUCUGCAAGCAGACGAGUUCAAAUAUAUGAGGGCGUUGGCCGCCAUGUACGUACGAAUGACAUUCAGUGCAGUAGAAGUGUACGAGCUUCUUGAACCGUUGAUGAAGGACUACAGAAAGCUUCGAUACCGGGACAUGGCAGGGUAUUCGCUGACGUAUUUUGAUGAAUUCAUCCAUUCACUCCUCACUGAGGAACGAGUUUGUGACAUCAUCCUUCCACGCAAAGCCAAGCGCUCAAUACUUGAAGAAAACGGCGAGAUCGGUCCUCGGAAGAGCCGCUUGCUUGACGCCAUGGAAGGCAGAAGUGAUCAUGGUAGUGACAGAAGUCGUAGCCGCAGUCGAAGUCGGAGCAGGAGCAAGAGUAAGAGCCCAUACCAGUCACGCAGCCCAAGCGCUAGUCGGAGCAGAAGUCAUUCUCCAUCAGAUAACGGACGAUAUCUAUCACGGAGUCCUUCUCGUUCUCCAUCUCGUUCGCCCGACCGUUCUCGCAGUGGAAGUAUAUCUCCAGAUAGGAUGGACGUCGAGCCCACGAAUGUAUCAUAA